AUGCGCAGAGUCACAGCAGUUGUGCUCCUGACUGUGAUCUCCAGUGCUACUGCAGCACAAUGGGCCAAAAUCUGCUCCAGUCAACCCUCAAACAAAAUCAGAGGCUGUGAUUCCCAUGGCUGCGGUGGAUACAGCAGCUCCAGAGGAGGGAGGAAGCACAGGGGAGUGGACGUGGUGUGUUAGGAUGGCUCGGAGGUGUACGCACCCUUCACAGGGAAUAUUGACAAGCAAGCCAGGCCCUAUGGAAACAACAAUGCCAUUGACAACAGAGUCCAGCUGUCAGGAUCAGGAUUCUGCAUUAAGAUGUUUUACAUCAAACCCAUCAAGUACAGUGGCCCCAUCAGGAAGGGGGAGAAAAUCGGUGUCCUGCUGCCCAUGCAGAAGGUCUACAGAGGAAUUACAUCCCAUGUCCACAUCCAGAACUGCAAUUUAACAGAUCCUACUCCCAAUCUGUAA